ACAUGGGCGCUGCCAUCUUGCUAUGUAUUGUUACUCUCAAUACAAACUGACAUUACGUUUUUAUUACAUUAUUUUAGCAGUUUAAUACAUGAUCAAGAAGGGUUACAUUUAAUAUUCUGAAUAUUUCUAUGUUUUAUAAACCGAUUUAUGAAACACACUGAAAGGUUUUGAGGCUUAAAACGCGAAAUAAAAAUAAUUCACAACAACAACAACAUUUCUAAAAUGUCUGUUUGGACAGAAAGUAACAAGAGAAUCGAUGUCGAGUACAACGGAUCUCGUACAUUCCUCUGCGUUGAACAUCCCGCUUUAAUUUCAAAUCCUGAGAAAGCUGUGAAAACACUCGGAGGUGUGGAUGCAGUGGCUGUUAUCUUCAAUGAUCCUGUGAAAAGACUGCCUUUGAGAUGGCGACCAGAAGAUAUUUACAGCAAACCCACAUAUGGAGACAGGUUUAAUGUAUCCAACUUGCUGAUGAAGGUGGUGAAAAGACGCAGGAAGUCAGAUGGAAAAGAAGAUUACCGAAUUGAAGUGUUUGGCAUUAUAAAUGUCACCUACAGAUUCGCAUCGAUGACAGAUUUCCAGUAUUUGCCCAUGCGUUCCACAGCAACAGGAGAGUAUGAAAGUAUCUAUGAAAAAGUUGUUAUCGACCACCUUGUGUCUCGCAAGAAGUAUUUCUCAACUGAUGUACCCCUGUACAUUCCACCAAUGACAUUUUCAAGAGUGGAUCGCCCUGUUGACUUCAGUUUCCGGGCUCCAAUCAAACAUAGGACCCCUCACUACAAGAACCCGGAUGAUACCAGGCCGGACCACUAUAUUGGGACAGUGCGGCAGCGUAGGACAAUAUUCACAGUGUUCGUAAACUUUGGAGAGAGCGUUCCCACUCAGCCUGUGCCAGAGGCAGUGGAGAAAAUGAAGUCUGAAUUUGUGGACCAAGAUGCCGGUGUCAGGAUACAACAGCUGUUUGAGGAGAAGCCAUUGUGGUUGAAAGUGGAGCUGGAGCAUGUGACGGGAGUCAGCUCGAUAAAACUGAAGGUAUUUCUGCCAGCGCUGUGUUUCUAUUGGUUGGAUGGACCAUGGCGUGGCCAAUGGAACAGAUUCGGCUUUGACCCAACUGCUCAGCCCUCGGCAAAGAUAUACCAGACCAUUGACUUCCGUAUUAGGCAGGUUAAGCCAGGCCAGAGGAACAUCAAGUGCAAGCGGAACAGCUCAAAGCUGAUGCUGUGGAACCAGAUCACCCGGAGUCAGAAACAGAACGUAAAGAUUAAUGUGACAUCACUGCAGGAGAGCAACGAACCCAUGGGACCCGAGGAGGUGGAGGAGAACAAAAGGCACAUGGAGUCAAUGUACAAGUUUGAUCCCGACAUCAUCCCUCCACAGAGGAUGAUGUAUUACCCUGUGUGCUAUGUUAACGUGCCGGAAAUACAGCAACUUCUGCACUCCAAUGAUGGCAAGGAGAAAAGAUGCACAGAGAAGGAUGGUUGGUGUGUAGAGAAAUUCAAUGACCGGUGUCGUGACAUCAUGUACGAACAUGUGAACAAGCUCAUCUCCAUUUCCGACUCUGUCGACUUCAAUUACAUGAGAGUCCAUUCAAGAAAGGGUAAAAGUCACACAAGGCAAGUUCUGGAAUCAGAGGAUGAGAGCGAUGAACCAGACGAUGACACUUCUAUGGAUGUAGACACUUGAAAGUUUGCAUUAUGGAAAAAAGGCGAAAAUUGAAAAAAUGAUGAGUCAUA